AUGACUCUGCAAGCAAUCAAAUAUAAUGGUGGCAAUCUUGCCAUCAUUGAUCAGCUACAGCUUCCACAUGUAGAGAAAUACGUUACAAUACAUACAAGUGAAGAAGGCUGGCAUGCAAUCAAGGAGAUGCGAGUGCGAGGAGCACCUGCGAUUGCUAUAGUAGCGGCCCUCUCACUUGCAUCAGAGCUCACUACCCUAAUGGCUUGCAACAAAUUAUCUUCGAAUGCUAUGGAGGCACAGACUUUUAUCACAGAGAAGUUACACUAUCUGGUGAGCAGCAGACCUACAGCAGUCAACCUUAGUGAUGCAGCUGGAAAACUGGAGACCAUAGUGGCAGAAAGUGUUAGGAUGUCUGGAUCCACAGGCCAUGCUGUUGCUACUGCGUUUAUCCAAGCUGCCGAAGCAAUGCUAGUGAAAGAUGUUGAGGACAAUAGGAAGAUUGGGGAGUAUGGUGCCAAAUGGAUAUCAGAAAAUGCUCUAUCCGAGAACGGUACUAAGGCUACGUUCUCUCGCGACUUCGGGGUUCGGGACAGCCUGGGGGUAAUUCGUGCACUCCAUUCGACCAAAACCUUACAACAUGCCUAUUGCACCGAAACGAGACCAUACAACCAGGGCUCCCGUUUGACAGCAUUUGAGCUCGUUCACGACUGUAUUCCUGCUACGUUAAUAACAGACUCAAUGGCAGCUGCAUUGCUCGCUAGACCCGAGAUAGGCGUGAAUGCAAUUGUGGUGGGGGCAGACAGGGUAGCAGCUAAUGGCGAUACCGCAAACAAGAUUGGUACAUAUGGCCUUGCUGUGCUUGCAAAGCACCAUGGUGUGAAAUUCCUCGUGGCUGCACCGCUCACGACUAUCGACCUAGUCACCAAGUCGGGGAAUGAAAUUACUAUCGAGGAGCGGCCCGCAUCCGAGGUUACUAGGAUUAGAGGCACCUGCGAAGAUGGUGGUGUCUCCGAAGCCGUCAAGAUGGAAACCGUAUGCAUAGCAGCAAAAGGGAUCAAUGUUUGGAAUCCAGCAUUCGAUAUAACCCCCGGGGCUCUUAUCGAUGGUAUUAUAACUGAAAAGGGAGUGGUGGAAAAGGACUCUGAUGGAUUAUUUCACUUGGAGGAGCUGUUUAAAGCCUGA